AUGGCUUCUCCUGCUAUUCCCAGAUCCCCACUCCAACGCCUCUCCACCUUCAAGAACUCUCCGUCCGCGGCCACCACUACUCCCACCACUGCCACCGGAAAUGCCAAUUCCAUUCACAAGACAGUCCCUACUUCAGCACGCCUCCCCCCUACGCCAUCCGCCCUAGACACCUUCACCACUGACCCAAUUUUCUCUGCUUUCCUCUCCCCUGAUUUCAAUCCCUCCCAAUUCUCCUCCGCUGUUCUAUCCUCCGGCUCUGCCGCCUCCCGUAUUGAAAAGCUCCAGGAAGGCCUCCGUCUUCUCGACAAUCAGCUCCGCCACGAGGUCCUCUCCCGCCACCAGGACCUCCUCAACCAGCUCUCCUCCCUCAAAGCCUCUGAAUCCUCCCUCUCCUCUCUCCGCUCCUCUCUUUCGUCUCUCCAGUCCUCUCUCCGCGAAGCUCGCGCUGAGCUCUCCGAUCCCCACCGCUUGAUUGCCGCACAGACUCUCCAGCUCAAUAAUUUACAUUCUACUUCUCUCCUUCUGCAAUCUACACUUCGCACUCUUCGACUGGUUCAGAAGCUCCAGAAUCUUGUUAAUUCCCAACCCGACUCGGAAAAGUGGGAUCUUUCUAAGGCAGCGCAGUUGCAUUUUGAAAUCUUGACGCUUUACAAUGAGUCCCAUUUAUCAGGGAUUGAUGCGAUUGAUUCGGAGUUAAAAUGGGUAAUUGAGACAGGGUCAAAAAUUCGAGCCGAGGGGAUGAAAGUAUUGGAGAAGGGAUUGGAGAAUUUGAACCAAGCGGAGGUGGGGUUAGGGUUGCAAGUAUUUUAUAACUUGGGAGAGUUGAGAGGGACUGUGGAUGGGUUGGUAAGUAAGUAUAAGCAAACGGGCUUGAAGAAUAUAAGUAAUGCAUUAGAUAUGAAGGCAAUUUCUGGUGGCGGGGCCUACGGGGCUGGGAUGCCAGGUGGGGUGCAGAGGCAUGGUACACCGCAGAUUGGGGGUGGAGGAAAGGCAAAGGAGGGACUUUGGCAGAGGAUGAGUGGUUGUAUGGACCAGUUGCAUUCCAUUGUUGUCGCAGUUUGGCACUUGCAGAGGGUGUUGUCUAAGAAGCGCGAUCCAUUUACUCAUGUUCUAUUGCUAGAUGAGGUCAUGCAGGAAGGUGAUCCCAUGUUAACUGACCGUGUUUGGGAGGCUUUAGUAAAAUCUUUUGCAAGUCAAAUGAAGUCUGUUUUCACUGCAUCAAGCUUUGUAAAGGAGAUAUUUACUACGGGGUAUCCAAAGCUAUUGUCUACGAUUGAGAACCUCCUUGAAAGAAUUUCACGUGAUACUGAUGUUAAAGGAGUUGCCCCAGCUCUCCGUUUAGAAGGAAAGGAACAAAUGAUAGCUGCCAUUGAGAUUUUCCAGACAGCAUUUUUGGGGCUCUGCUUGAGUCGACUUUCUGAUCUUGUUAAUUCUGUAUUUAACAUGUCUAGCCGUGGAACUGUUCCCUCAAAAGAGCAUAUCUCAAGGAUUAUAUCACGCAUUCAGGAUGAAAUUGAAGCUGUGCAGCUGGAUGCACGUUUGACUCUUCUUGUCUUACGUGAAAUCAGCAAAGUUUUGCUUUUGGUCGCAGAAAGAGCUGAAUAUCAGAUAUCGACUGGCCCUGAAGCACGCCAAAUAACUGGUCCUGCUACUCCGUCGCAGAUCAAAAACUUCACAUUAAGUCAGCAUCUGCAGGAGAUCCAUGCACGUGUAACAUCAAUGAUAGCAGGACUGCCAACUGUUGCUUCAGAUAUUUUAUCCCCUGCCCUUGGUACAAUAUAUGGUGUUGCCUGUGAUUCAGUGACACCCUUAUUUCAAGCGAUGCUCGAUCAUCUCGAGUCCUGCAUCUUGCAAAUUCAUGAUCAGAAUUUUGGUACUCUCAGCAUGGAUGCUGCUAUGGACAACAAUGCAACACCUUACAUGGAAGAAUUGCAGAAGAGCAUUCUUCAUUUUCGGUCUGAAUUUUUGUCCAGGCUUUUACCUUCUUCUGGCGCUAUCUCUGCAGGAGCAGAAACUAUAUGCACAAGGCUUGUAAGGAGCAUGGCAUCUCGGGUUUUAAUAUUUUUUAUUAGACAUGCUUCACUUGUUAGACCGUUAUCAGAAUCAGGGAAGCUGAGAAUGGCUAGGGACAUGGCUGAACUUGAAUUGGCAGUAGGCCAAAACUUGUUUCCUGUAGAGCAACUUGGAGCACCAUAUCGGGCCCUUCGAGCAUUUCGGCCUGUUAUUUUCUUGGAAACAUCUCAAAUGGGAGACUCACCACUUCUUCAAGAUCUUCCACCAAGUGUCAUACUUCAUCAUCUCUAUUCACGUGGCCCCGAAGAUUUGCAGUCACCUCUGCAAAGGAACAAGCUUACACCUGUCCAAUAUUCACUGUGGAUGGAUUCUCAAGGGGAGGAUCAAAUUUGGAAAGGCAUCAAAUCAACUUUGGAUGAUUAUGCUGCAAAGGUAAGGGCCAGAGGAGACAAGGAGUUCAGCCCUGUUUACUCUGUGAUGCUGCAACUGGGGUCAUCUUUGAGAGGGAAUGAAUCAUAA